CCCGCCGCAACCCUCGAGCCGAUGGAGUUGGACCACAGGACGACCGGCGGCCUCCACGCCUACCCCGCGCCCCGCGGCGGGCCGGCCGCCAAGCCCAACGUGAUCCUGCAGAUCGGUAAGUGCCGGGCGGAGAUGCUCGAGCACGUGCGGAGGACCCACCGGCACCUGCUCACCGAGGUGUCCAAGCAAGUGGAGCGGGAGCUGAAGGGGCUGCACCGGUCCGUGGGCAAGCUGGAGAGCAACCUGGACGGGUACGUGCCCACCGGCGACUCGCAGCGCUGGAAGAAGUCCAUCAAGGCCUGCCUGAGCCGCUGCCAGGAGACCAUCGCCAACCUGGAGCGCUGGGUCAAGCGGGAGAUGCACGUGUGGCGGGAGGUCUUCUACCGGCUGGAGAGGUGGGCCGACCGCCUGGAGUCCGCGGGCGGCAAGUACCCGGUGGGCAGCGACCCAGCGCGCCACACCGUCUCCGUGGGCGUAGGGGGUCCCGAGAGCUACUGCCAGGAGGCGGACAACUACGACUACACUGUCAGCCCCUAUGCCAUCACUCCCCCGCCGGCCACCGGCCAGCUGCCGGGGGAGGAAGUGGAAGCCCAGCAGUACCCGCCCUGGGCUCCGGGGGAGGACGGGCAGCUGAGCCCCGGCGUGGACACGCAGGUCUUCGAGGACCCGCGGGAGUUCCUCCGCCACCUGGAGGACUAUCUGCGCCAGGUGGGCGGCUCCGAGGAGUACUGGCUGUCUCAGAUCCAGAACCACAUGAACGGGCCGGCCAAGAAGUGGUGGGAGUACAAGCAGGGCUCCGUGAAGAACUGGGUGGAGUUCAAGAAGGAGUUCCUGCAGUACAGUGAAGGCACGCUGUCCCGGGAGGCUAUCCAGAGGGAGCUGGACCUGCCGCAGAAGCAGGGCGAGCCGCUGGACCAGUUCCUGUGGCGCAAACGGGACCUGUACCAGACGCUGUACGUGGACGCCGAGGAGGAGGAGAUCAUCCAGUACGUGGUGGGCACGCUGCAGCCCAAGCUCAAGCGCUUCCUGCGGCCCCCGCUGCCCAAGACCCUGGAGCAGCUCAUCCAGAAGGGCAUGGAGGUGCAGGAUGGCCUGGAGCAGGCAGCCGAGCCCGCCGCGGAGGAGGCCGAGGCCCUCACGCCUGCCCUCACCAACGAGUCUGUAGCCAGUGACCGGACUCAGCCCGAGUAGAGGGUGCCGGCCCCGCCUGCCCGCCUGUGGCCCUCACCCACCGGGACUUUUGAGUGGGCCCGCCCCUGCAGGGGAGCCCUUAGUCUCCUCGUGCAGCCGGACGCUCACCUCGGCCUCCUAGCCUGACUCCAACAGACACGCGUGACCCAGAUGCGGGCAGUGUCCCCCAGACAGCCAAGGGGCGCCCCUUCCUCGCAGACCCAGCCCUCACCCUCCCUGCGUCUGUCUUCCCCGCUGGUGGACUGGCCUGAGUCAGCAACCCCGCCCUCCAUCCUCUCAGGCCAUAACAGUUUCCUUAUCCUGCUCAAUGCCUGGGCCCUCUGGGCACUCAGAAACCCAGUGUCCAAAUGGCACGGGCCGGCGCGCACCCAGCUCAAGGAACACCCCAGAGCAGAAGCUCAGGGGCCGCUGGUGCCCCCGCAGCCUGGGCUUCAGGGAAGCUACUUCUCCCGGCAGUCGCCGUGACCGGCUGGCACCCCUGCCGCCCCCCCGGGGCAGCUGGCCAGCCUCGGGCAAUGUGGCUCCCUCCCCCUGGAGGAGAGCCCAAGCUCAAGACGCAGCAGCAGCAGCAGUAGCCGCAAUGGCAGCAACAGACCUGGCGACCUGGUGCCUCCUGGCCACUCAGCACCAGUGGAGAGGGACAGAGCCCCACGAUGACUCACCCACAGCAGGUGGCAGGUCCCCUGGGGCCUGAGUCCUCCAGCCCGGCUGAGGCAGCAGCCGGCCCUCAGAGCCAGGAGAGUUGACGACAGGUCUCCAGGCUCCCACAGAGCCUUUGCUGCUGUGCCCGGCACUGUCCCUUCUCCUCUCCCCCUGCAAGCUGCCUGCACGAGAGGAGAAACCUGAGACCAGAGGAGGGGGCCCAGCAGAGAGCUGGUGGUGAAGAGGGGCCAGCGCGAGGGCCGGGGCCUGCCGCUAUGCCCGCCCCGCUGGCUGCCCGCUGC